ACGUCAAAGUAAUAACGUGAGUCCAGUGUUUAUUUAUUUUUGGGAAUAAAAAUUUAUACAGUAUAUCAUUAAUAAACUAGGUACAUAUGACCUACAUAACCUAAGGUAUCUACAAUUACAUAAAAAUGACAAAGUGAUAGUGCGCUAAAUUACUUAUCAAAGAUGUCGAACCAAGUAGCUGCAUUUGUAGCGGGUUUAAAAUCUCGAAUUGUGGAUGUUCAGACGAAAACGGCUAGAGAAUUAUAUCACUAUGCUAAAACUGAGUUACGUGAAGUUCCACAAGAAGAGCUUACUCAGUUCCUUGAUGAGUUUAAUCACCAAAUAUUUGAAAUGGUUUCUAGCAAUGAUGUUCAUGAGAAAAAAGGAGGUGUACUGGCGAUAGUAUGUCUCAUUGGAGGUGACUGUGAUACUACAAAAACUAGAAUCACUAGAUUUGCUAAUUACUUACGAAAUCUCCUACCUUCAUCCGAUGUAGGAGUAAUGGAAUUAGCGGCUAAAACAGUUGGUCGUCUAGCUACAGUUUCUGGGGUCAAAAGAGCUGAAUAUGUUGAAUUUGAAGUAAAAAGAGCAUUUGAAUGGCUUUCUGAAGAGAGAAAUGAAGGCAGACGCCAUUCAGCCGUUUUGCUAUUAAAAGAACUUGCUAUUGCUAUGCCAACUUAUUUCUAUCAACAAGUUUCUGGAUUUUUUGAUCAUAUUCUUGUUGCUUUGAAAGAUCCUAAACAGCAAAUAAGGGAAGCAGCUGCUAAGGCUUUAAGGGCUGGUUUGGUAGUGACAGCGCAGCGUGAAACUGCAAAGCAAUCUACAGCAAAACCGCAAUGGUACAUGCAGUGUUAUGAAGAAGCAAUGCUGUGCUUUGAAGAUAUCCCAAUAAAAGAAAAGGGUAUAACUAAAGAGGAUCGAGUUCAUGGUGGGCUGCUAAUUUUGAAUGAAUUAUUAAGAUGUGCUAAUGCAAUUUGGGAGAAAAAAUAUACACACUUAAUGAGAAGUAUUGAUACCCAAAAUGAUAUAAUAGUAUCAGAUGAUAUUAUUUUUAUUAGUUCAAAGCUCCACAGUCCUUCAGUAAAAAGAGGUUACUUGUGUGAUGGAUUUAAAACAGAAAAUGUGCAGUAUCCAGUGCCUAUAUAUGAAUCAGAAGUAUGUAAAAAGCUUUUGUCUGAGAAAAUUGAAAGGAUUUGCCAUGAUGUGAUGGCUCAAAGGUUGUUGAAACUCCAAGGAGUACCUCAAACACUCCUUGUUAUAAUCCCAAGAUUAGCUGCGUUUAAUAAAGAUUUGUUCUUGAAGAAAUAUCUAAAUUCAACUAUGCAUUACUUAUUAACUUCAAUACGGAGUAGAGAAAAGGACAAAAACAUGGCUUUUACAACACUUGGCCUAAUGGCGGCAGCUUUAGAGGGUGAUAUUAGAAAUUUUAUACCAAGAAUUAUGGAUGUUAUAAAGCAAGCCUUGCCUGUAAGAGAUACACAAACAAAGAAAAGGAUAUGGAUUGAUCCAUCUAUAUUUGCCUGUAUAACAUUGUUAAGUAGUGCUGUGAAGGAUCUUGUUGUAAGAGACAUAAAAGAAAUACUUGAUGCUAUGUUUGCAACUGGUUUAAGUCCAUCAUUGACAAUAUGUUUAAAGGAAUUGAGUGAAAAUUUACCCUCGCUUAGAACAGAAAUAUCAGAGGGGCUUUUGAAUAUGCUCUCUUUAGUACUGAGGAAUAAACACUUUUUACACCCAGGUGUGCCUAGAAGUUUAGAACAGCAGAUGAGUAAUAUGAAUCUUGCAAUGGAACCACAGGAUACUGCUAGCAUUGUUUUGGCAUUGAGAACUUUAGGCACUUUUCAUUUUGAAGGGCAACACAGUUUACUAAUGUUUGUCAGGCGAUGUGCAGAUCACUUUUUGCAGAGUGAUCAGCAAGAAAUAAGAGUUGAAGCUGUGAAAACAUCAGCAAAACUUUUAGCUGAUGCAGCAAUAAGGACCAUGAAGACUCCAUCAAAGACUCUCACCAUGUUAACAGCAGAAGUUGUGGGCAAAAUGUUAAUUGUGUCUGUAACUGACCCUGAUUAUGAAGUGAGAUACUGGGUACUUGAAUCUCUGACACAAAUUUUCGAUACGCAUUUGGCGCAAAUAGAAAAUCUCAGUUUCCUCUUUAUUGCUAUGAAUGACGAGCAUUUAGAAAUACGAGAAUUAGCCAUUUGCACCAUUGGAAGAUUAAGUACAGUGAAUCCCGCAUAUGUAAUGCCCGGUUUAAGAAAGACGUUAAUACAGUUUUUGACUGAAUUAGAACAUUCGGGAAUGAGUCGAAAUAAAGAGCAGGCUGCGAGAAUGCUUGAUAAUCUUAUUUUACAUGCUCCUAAACUUGUGAAACCAUACAUGGAGACAAUUCUAAAUGUUUUAGUACCAAAACUAAAGGAACCUGAUGUUAACCCAGGUGUUGUCAUCAGUGUUCUAAAGGCAGUAGGAGAUUUAGCUGAUGUCCACGGUGAUAACAGUGGCCUCAGGAAAUGUCUCCCAGAACUUCUCACCAUCCUUCUUGAUUUACUUUCCGACGCAACUGCUACGGAAAAGCGCAGCGUGGCUCUGUGGGCGUUUGGUCAAUUAAUUAGUGCAACGGGAUAUGUUGUUACUCCAUACACAGACUAUCCAAAUUUAAUGGAUGUGCUUCUCAAUUUUCUGAAAACUGAACAGCAACCGAAAGACAGACGCGAAACAAUUCGAGUAUUGGGUCUGCUGGGCGCGCUGGAUCCUUACAAACAUAAAUUAACCAAAAGUAGAAAGGAUGGACAACCUAACUCAAGCUUAGUCCCAGUGGCUGAUAGUAAAGCUGAAGAAAACAAUUUUGACAUAACUUCAAGUGAAAUGUUGGUUUUGAUGCCGACACCAGUAUUGGACGAGUACUAUCCAGCAAUAGUUAUUUCUACUCUUAUGCGUAUAUUACGCGAUCCUACGCUUCAACAGCACCAUACAAGUGUUGUUCAGGCAGUUACAUUUAUUUUUCAAUCUCUUGGUAUUAAAUGCGUUCCAUACAUUUCUCGAGUAACUCCGAGUCUUCUGUACGUCGCUCGAGCUACGGACAACAUUGGUUUCCGUGAGUUCUUAUUUACGCAGCUCGCCAAGUUAAUCGCUAUAGUCAAGCAACAUAUUCGCAAUUAUUUAGACAAAAUAUUUGAUCUUAUCAAAGAAUUUUGGACUCCUAACAGUCCUUUGCAACCCACAUUGAUAUUGCUCGUAGAACAUAUUGCGAUCGCACUUGGUUCAGAAUUCAAGGUAUAUUUACCUCAAUUAAUGCCGCAGAUACUUCGCGUUUUGGCGCAUGAUACUAGCAAGGAUAGGGUUGUGACUGAAAAAUUAUUGUAUGCAUUACAAAAAUUUGAAGAUAACUUAGAUGACUAUAUGCAUUUAGUAAUUCCCUCCAUUGUAAAGUUAUUUGACGCAACUGACUGUCCGAUUCCUGUUGCGAAAGUCGCAAUGGAAACGGUUGACUAUCUAUCUGAUUCAUUGAACUAUAGUGAAUUAGUGUCAAGAAUAAUUCAUCCCCUGGUGCGUAGUCUGGACACCUGCUAUGCUUUACGAACAACAGCUAUGGACACCUUGUGCGCAUUAAUCGUACAAUUAGGUCGGAAAUUCACCGACUUCAUACCUCUCGUACAAAAGGUAUUGGUAAAACAUAGGAUCCAACAUCAAAAUUAUGAACUAUUACUGUCUAAGCUACAAACAACGCCAAUGUUAGCCUUGGAAGAAUUCCUUCAAAGUACCAGGCGAAAACCGAGAAAUAAUAAUCAAGAAGCUCGUAUUGUAGCAUGUGACACAUCGCAAUCGAUUCGUAAGCUAUACGUAAACGCGCAAAGCCUUAAAGUGGCGUGGACGGUCAGUAGUCGAGUAUCCAAAGACGAUUGGUUGGAAUGGCUUAGACGUUUUAGUAUCGGUCUGCUUACUGAAUCACAUAGCCCAGCUCUAAGGGCAUGCCUUGCACUUGCACAUAAUUAUUCCCAACUUUUACGAGAUUUGUUCAACGCGGCCUUCGUUUCGUGUUGGACUGAGUUGGAUAGUCGCUCACGCACCGAACUAUCAAAUGCAUUAGAGCAAGCACUCACUGCUCCUGAUGCUCCUGAAUUAGCCCAUACUGUACUGAACUUAGCAGAAUUCAUGGAGCAUUGUGAAGGUGGUGCUCUACCCAUAUCUACUCAUCUUCUUGGCGAAAGAGCGAUGCAUUGCAGAGCGUAUGCUAAGGCUCUUCAUUAUAAAGAAGAAGAAUUCCGCAAUGGUGCGACUUCUCAAGUUGUAGAGGCUUUGAUACAUAUAAAUAAUAAACUCCAGCAAAAGGAAGCUGCCGAAGGACUCCUUGAAAGAGUUAUGACACAAAGAGAAGCGGGCGAUACAAGCUUAAAGGUGCAGAUUCGAUGGUAUGAGAAAUUACACAACUGGGAAAAGGCACUAAAUCUAUAUGGAGAAAAACUUACAAAUGAAACGGACAAUAUUGAUGCUUGCCUUGGAGAACUUCGAUGUUUCGAAGCGUUAGGUGAAUGGACAAAACUGUACAACACUGUGUCGAAGUGGUGGCCACAAAUGACUGACGAAGAAAAAUUCAAAGCAGCAAGACUGGCUGCGGCUGCUUCUUGGGGUCUGAAUGAAUGGGAUUCUAUGGCUAACUAUGUCAACUUCCUGCCCGAAAAUACUCAAGACGGAGCUUUCUAUAGAGCCGUUCUUAAUAUACACAACGGAGACUACAAUGUAUCAAAAUUAUACAUCGAUCAAGCACGCACCUUGCUAGAUUCUGAAUUGACUGCUGUCGCUGGCGAGAGUUACCAAAGAGCGUACGGAGCAUUAGUUAAUGCUCAGCUAUUGGCAGAGUUGGAAGAAGUUAUAACGUACAAAUUAGUCCAAGAGCGCCGAGAAUCGAUUAGGCAAGCUUGGUGGACGAGGCUGCAAGGUGGUCAAAGGCUGGUCGAAGAUUGGAGUAAGAUUCUACAAGUUCGCGGCUUAGUUUUAACGCCACAAGAGGACAUGGCUACUUGGUUGAAAUUCGCAUCACUUUGCAGGAAGAGUGGCGCACCGCGUCAAGCUCACAAAACGCUAGUGAUGCUCCUGGGAAUAGAUCCCAGUGAAAAUCGAGAUAAACCGCUGCCAACCCACGAACCGAGGCUUACACUAGCAUAUGCAAAACAUUUGUGGGUAGCUGGUGAUAAGCAGCUGGCUUACGAUCAAUUACAACGUUAUGUUGACAAUGUGGAUAAUGGUGAUGCUGAACAUUGCAGGUUACUUGCUCGUUGUCACCUUAAGUUAGGCUCUUGGUGCGAGUCAUUGUCGGGAAUCAACAGACAAUCUAUUAAAACAAUCCUGCGUAAUUACUCAGCUGCUACUGAACUCUCGUCCGACUGGUACAAAGCGUGGCACGCUUGGGCGUACAUGAAUUUUGAAACCGUACUAUUUUACAAGCACCAAGAAGGGGAUAAUCCACCGAGUUCUGGAGAUGUGAAAUCUUCGACUGAAUACAUACAAAUGUACACAGUGCCAGCUGUAGAAGGCUUCUUCAAGUCGAUCAAUUUAUCGCAUGGCAGUUCUCUCCAAGACACUCUGAGAUUGUUAACCUUGUGGUUUGACUACGGACACCAUCCGGCGGUACACGAUGCACUGGUUGAAGGGAUUAGAACGAUCGAAAUUAACGUGUGGCUUCAAGUCAUUCCACAAUUGAUAGCUAGAAUCGAUAUUCCCAGAGCUUUAGUGGGAAAGCUGAUCCAUUCUCUUCUUAUCGACAUCGGCAAGUCGCAUCCGCAAGCGCUUGUGUAUCCCUUAACCGUCGCGUCCAAAUCUUCAUUUGUGGAUCGUAAGAACGCUGCGAAUCAGAUUUUAAAAUCGAUGUGUACACAUUCCAUUAACUUGGUCAAUCAGGCAGCUAUGAUAUCCGAAGAACUGAUCAGGGUUGCUAUAUUGUGGCAUGAACAAUGGCAUGAGGCCUUAGAAGAAGCAUCACGGCUGUACUUUAGUGAGCACGACGUGAAGGCAAUGUUUAAGACAUUGGAACCUCUGCACGCGAUGUUGGAACGCGGGCCGCAGACGCUGAAGGAAAUAUCGUUCAGCACGGCGUAUGGGAGGGAUCUGAAUGAAGCCCAAGAAUGGUGCAAUAGAUUCAAGGAGUCCGGGCAAGUUCGCGAUCUGAACCAAGCGUGGGACCUGUACUACCACGUGUUCCGGCGCAUCAGCCGGCAGCUGCCGCAGCUGACGUCGCUCGAGCUGCAGUACGUCAGCCCGCGGCUGCUGGGCUGCAGAGACCUGGAGUUGGCCGUGCCGGGCUCGUAUGUGCCGGAUAGAGAUCUGAUACGCAUUGCGCAUAUACAGAGCAGCUUACAGGUGAUAACAUCAAAACAACGUCCGCGUCGUCUUUGCAUACGCGGUUCAAACGGAAAAGACUACAUGUUCCUGCUGAAAGGGCACGAGGACCUGCGACAGGACGAGCGAGUGAUGCAACUGUUCGGUCUCGUCAACACCCUGCUGCAAGCCGACCCGGAUACUUUCAGACGGGACCUGGCUAUACAGAGAUAUGCUGUGAUACCUCUAUCGACCAAUUCGGGGCUCAUCGGCUGGGUCCCGCACUGUGACACACUGCACUCGCUGAUAAGGGACUACAGGGACAAGAGGAAGAUACUGCUGAACAUUGAGCACAGGAUCAUGCAGAGGAUGGCCUCGGAUCUGGAGAAACUGAUGCUGAUGCAAAAGGUGGAAGUAUUCGAACACGCCCUAGAGCACACGGCCGGCGACGACCUCGCCAAACUACUGUGGCUCAAGAGCCCCUCCUCAGAGGUGUGGUUCGAGCGCAGAACGAACUACACGCGCUCACUCGCGGUCAUGAGCAUGGUUGGGUACAUCCUGGGGCUGGGGGACAGACAUCCGUCCAACAUUAUGCUGGAUAGGAAGACCGGCAAGUUCCUGCACAUUGACUUCGGCGACUGCUUCGAGGUGGCCGUCACGAGGGAUAAAUUCCCGGAGAAGAUUCCGUUUAGACUGACGAGGAUGCUGAUUAAUGCUAUGGAGGUAACGGGCAUCGAAGGUACCUACAGACGCACGUGCGAAUCCGUCAUGGAGGUACUGCACCGGCACAAAGACAGCGUCAUGGCGGUAUUGGAAGCGUUCGUAUACGAUCCUCUUCUCAACUGGAGGCUUAUAGAUGCCGGAAGACGGUCCAGGAACGACGCAGAUCCACUAUCAGCUGAUGCUGCAUCCCCACAGCCCAGUAGAAGUCGAGCCGCGUUAGGCUUCAACGAAACCAUAGACCAGCCAGCAGAAACUAACCUCAAUAAACGCGCAUUGGCCAUAGUGAAUAGAGUUCGCGAUAAACUCACCGGAAGGGACUUCCCGCAUAUUGACGAUAAUUGCGUUUCAGUUCAGAAACAAGUCGAUUUGCUGAUACAGCAGGCGACGAGCAACGAGAAUCUCUGUCAGUGUUAUGUGGGCUGGUGUCCAUUUUGGUAGUUUGAGCCCUAUCUGCGUAAGCUUAAGAAUCAAAAUUCGGUGCUUAAUUUUUGUAUUUAACGACUAUAUAAUUUGUCUUGAAUCAUUGCUCGAGAGGCGUAAAGUUAACGCAGCUUAAGUUUAUAGAUAUUGUAACGCUUAUAAUAAGCAUUCUAUAUUAGCCCUUUAUAGUGACAGAUAUUGAACAAUUUAUAAAUAUCACAUUAUGUGUUUGUCAAUAAAAUUGCGUUUAAAAUUUUUUAGCUUAUAUGAUAGAUUGAGAAGAAGCUAAGUAAUACAAUAAACUUUGUGUAAUAAGUUGUGGAAAACUUAGUUCUAUAAGUAUAUAGUAAUUUGAAUCUUAAGAUAAACUUGCCUAGUCGAUUAGGGUUUGUGUUUAGAUUUUAUAUAAUUUCACUCUUAGUAUCGGAUUUAUAUUUAAACAGCAUAAAUAAUAUUCUUCUCAAUAUAUUGUGAAAAAUACAUGUAUUUUGGCAAAUUGUAGUGACAUCCUCUAAAAAUAUUUUGUCUGUUAGUCAUAUAAAACCUUCGUGUGUUUUAGCAAAUCUCUAAACUCUUUCUGUAUGUCCAUAGAUGCUUAUUUUAAUCUGUCUCUUCUCUUAUCUAAUCUAUAUCUGCUAUUUUGACUUAUUUUAGUAAAUCUGUGUUUCCUUGAUGAAAGAUCCGCAUCCUUUUACAAAGCCUUAUUGCGUAUGUAAUAUUAUUGGCUUAAGUUUUAUAUAAAUGUUUUCAAUAACAUACAGUCUGGACUAAUAUGAACGCAACGUUCCAUACAGUAAAACGUAAUCGUUAUGUAUUAUGGUAACUAGGGGGGUUAACAUGACAUUUUAUAGCUCUGUCCUUUUCACUCGCUAGAAGGACUUCUGCAUUAAGACGUCAUAGUUACCCCCCCUGUACGAGUACUAUAUUACUUCACGUUAAGUAUUAAAUGAGAAAUAAAUUUAUUCAAUUUCAAAACAAUAUAAGGAAAUAACAUUCGCCGUUUUGGGUUUAGUUCCUCGCAGCACCUAGUCAGUAUCUUAUUUAGUGAUAUCAUAAUAAAUACGCUGUUAAAAUUGUAUGAAAAACCAGCAUGAAAAUUAUAUAUGACGAACAUUUCGACUUCUUUCAAAUAUAAUAUAAUAAAUCGCCUUCAGUCCUUUAAAAAUACGUCAUAUAGUGUAUGCAGCCUGGCGGAAAACUCAGACUGUUUAAUAAUAAAAUAAUAUUUUGAAAUAUCCUGCAAUAAAAUGACGUAAUUUUUAUUGACUGUAUAAAUUAUUUGAACAAGGAUCGAUGCAGAUAGAUACAGGAAUAUUUAAAUACAUUAUUUAUGUGUUACUGCAUAAUUUUAUAGACUUCUAAAUUUGAAUUUUGUACAAUAGUACUGGUAAUUUUUUAUAUUGUGACUGCUACACUACUAAGACGUUAAAAAUUCAAUAUUUUUGUAUUCAAAAGGUCUAUCAGACACAUCAAAGGUAUAUAUUUUAUGACACGUUUGGAUCUUAUAAUUAAACAAAAAGUAGGUGUUAUAUUGUUAUGGAGUCAUAACGACAUAGGAAAAUUAAUUAAAAUUUAGGUGAAAGAAUUGGUCUUGUUCGGACCCAUGACAAUCCGUUGUAAUUAGUACUCUAUAGGACUACAGUAUGCUAAGUUUUCUUACAUUACAAUAUAAUAGGCCUUGUAUAGAUUUAAUAGAAAAUGCAAUAUUACUCGUAAUAACGUAUAGCAUAUUGAAAUCAACUGAAUAAAACGUUUCAUUGUCGGUAGUAAAUUACAUAAAUUGAUAUUGCUGCAUGCAACGGGUCGACAAACUCGGUCACAACAAACAAAGAUUUUUAGUGUAGCAAUCAGACAGAACAUAAAAGUUAUACUUAUAUUCGAUAAUGAAUAAUAUAUAAUUACUUAGGUAACUUUUUACCUAUGAUUAGAUUUAAUUGCAUUUGUGCAUUUUUUUUUCACCAAAUUUGUAAUAUUUAUUGAUGUAAAUAUAUACCUAUCCAUAAGUGGUUUAAGUUAACUAUUUUAUAAGCUUAUAAUCGUCACAAAAGAAUAUUUUGAAGUCACGUUUUGUAAAAUGAGUAACCAAUAAUGGAACUCCUUCCAUCAAUCUAUUGGCUUCAUUUUACGAACGCUAAUACUUCAAAGUGCAAACGCAAUGUUAUGUCCCUACAGGUGUAUCUACAACGCUGUACCAACUAAUUCGCUUAUUUCAUUACACAAAAUUUAGUAGACUUAAUUUAGUCGUCACUGAAUUUAGGAAGUGAUAAUAUCACAUUUAGCGAGGAUUUGGAUGCUAAUCCAAAAUUCUGAAGUCAGGACUCUAAACUGAAUUAAGAAGCCUAAUUAGAAACGCAUUUAUAAGGGCGCAAAUGCAUUCAGUUACCUUAAACUUGACUAGUUGAAAUAUUUAUACUUGACUUUAAUAAAUAGCUUUCAAUAAACGGUGUCACACGAUUUAUUAAUGUGUAAAACGAUCUCGAAUCGAUUCCCAGAAAUUUUCUUAAUCCUUUGUAUCUAAAUAACCAAUAAUGUUCACUAUCUGAUUCAGUACCUAAAUUUAGUCAGAAGCCUCUAAUUUCUAAAUUUAGUGUAGUGUAAUAGCGCUUAAGGCUAUACAGCUGAAUUUGGCUCGUGGUUUUAAGUU